CCGGCUUUUAUACACACAGCCACACUGAACACAAGAACCAGAGAGCACAGGAACCAGUGAUGGACACAGUCUGACAGUCCUGGGACACAAACAGAAGUAGCCAUGGCAUCCCUGGAGGAGGAGUUGACCUGUUCGGUGUGCCGCGACGUUUUCAGCCAGGCUCUGCCACUGCCGUGCGGCCACUGCUUCUGCCCGGCCUGCAUAAGGGAUUCCUGGGGACAGGGAAAGGCUGGGGUCAGGGGUCACUUCACGUGUGCACAGUGCCAGGAAGAACAUGGGGUGGUGGUGUGUGACUGCUGCCCUCUUGUGGGGGAUGGGGGCCAGACAGGGCCUGCCGUGGCAGUGAAAACCUGCCUGCGCUGUGAGGUGUCUCUAUGCGCAUUGCACCUACAGCCCCACUUGGACCGACCCGCUUUCAGGACACACCUGCUGGUGGAACCCUUAGGAGACCUGUCUCACCGAAGAUGUCCGGCCCACGAAGAGAUUUUCCGCUACUACUGUGCUGAUGAGCGGGUGUACGUGUGCUCAGACUGCCUUUUGGAAGGUGGCCAUGCACAGCAUCGUGUUGAAGGACUGAAGAAGGUAGAGAAGGACCUGAAGGUCAUCCUCCAGAGCCUUCUCCAGAGAGCCAAGGAAAAGCUGAAUGAAGGCGAACAAAUCCUCCAGGAGCACCAGAACACCGAUCACACUGUGACAGACUUGUCUUUGGCAGAUGACUCCCAGGUGGAGCGUAUGGGCGUAGCUCUGCAGGGGCAGGUGGAGAGCCUGGUGCAGGCCCUGAAGGAGAGCACCCGGAAAGAGAGGCAGAGGGUCAUGGAGCGCCUGCAGAACGACAGCAUUAGGGUGAGGGAGGAUCUGGGCCAGACCCAGGACAUCCACCAUUUCCUGGCCUCCCUGCUGGAGGAGACAGACCCCUUCCUGCUCAUCUGGGCAUUUCAGUCUGAUGACUCAAGACUGCUAGCAGACCUGAACUGCCCCCUGUUCACCCCUGAACCUGUCAGCUUGGACUUGAAGUACAUAGUGGAGAACAUUGAGAGCAAGUACAGAGAGUUCAUCACAGAGACGCUGCAUUGUCUCACCGAACUCAAGAAAGAGCUCUUGACAAGUCCAUUGACUCUGGACACUAACUCUGCCCAUCCUCUCCUGAGAAUUUCCGAUGGCCUGCAUUCAGCCCAGCGGGUCAAACACCGUCUUCCAUGUGCGGCACACCCCGACCGCUUUGAUCACUGGGCCCAAGUUCUGACCGCCCAGACCAUCUCAUCAGGAACCCAUUACUGGGAGCUGGAAGCAGAGGGCUUCUGGGACAUUGCAUUAUCAUACCGGAGCAUUGGGCGGAAGGGCAAGGAGGGCACUGCCUUUGGAAAUAACAAGGUGUCUUGGAGCUUGACACAGCAGCAUGACAGGAAGCUCGCAGCCUGGCACAACUGCAGGAAGACCCGAAUCUCCAGGCGGAUGUCAGGCAACCGUGUGGGUGUGGCUCUAGACUAUGACGCUGGGACUGUAACUUUCUCUGAGGUGGGGCCCUCCAGCACCCUGACUCUACUACAUACCUUCACCACCUCGUUUGUUCAGCCUGUGUGCCUGGGCUUUGGCCUCUACAAACCUGAGUUCCACAGCAGAAUCACCAUAAUGAGGGAGUGAGGGAUGAUCAGGAACCAGAGAAUAGCGUUUACACGCCUUGGAAACCUUUUGGUGGGUUGGAACAUUUGGAACAUUUACCACGAUGAGGAUCAAACUGCAAACAAUAGUGCUUGUUUGAGCAUGAAUAAUUUUAAGACACAUUUUCAGGACUUGAAGUUCUAUGAACUAUGACUCUGGUUGUAAGGAAUGGCUGUGUCCUACUUUGUCACAGUUCUGGGGUACAUUUUAAAGAACCAAAACACUCAGGCCCAGGAUAGAGUUUUUUGUUAUCAAAUACAUCAAACUACAUGGUUAUAUUGUGAAAGAGUCAGAAAAGAAUACAUUCAGUAGAUAGUUGUAGCGUCUUAUGAUGUGACAUGACUAUGGGGCCCCAUUUGUUAUGAAUAUCACAAGCAAUACCAUUGUAUUAUGUGUCACCCAUGUACUGAGAUAAAUAGAUGGAAGAUGAGUGGACAGGAUAAACCAUAUUGUAGAAUACGUUAAAAGACAAAACUAACAAAAAACUUCAGACAUUAAAAACACAAAAGUUUUAUGUAAGCCAUUAUAUAGAUAGACAUUAUAUGGACUUCACACUCCAGAUAGAUGUAUCGGCGACAAAUCAAUUUCAUAGAUUUUCUCUCACUGAUGCAUUGUCACCUUGAACAUAACAACAUCUCAAAUAUAAUACUUGAAGUUUAUACUGAGAGUUUUCAUAUUGAGAGAGGAAUUUAGUGGGUAGGUGUGCCAGAGAAUCAAUGUGUUAGAGGGAGGGAGAAAAGAGAGAAAAGGAGAUGGUGAGAGAGAGAGAGAGAAAUAGAGAGAGAGGGGGAGACAGAGAAGAGAGUGUAAGAGAAUAUAAUGCAGUGGGUCUUCUGGAAUGGCCAUAUAGAUGUGUGUUUGAAAGGGAGGUUCCUGUGACACUUUAGGAUGUAAGAGAACAGAAACAAGAGAGACCAAGAGGAUCAUUCAUUUCUAAGGAUCAACAGCUGACUUGCAGGCUACCAGAUGUGGAAAGCAAAGAUGACACCUUUCACACCAAUACAGGUCUUGUGUAAGGAGAUUAAAUAGUUUGGAUCCCAACAAAAUAUCUGCUUGUCCAUGCCAUCCUGCCCCUUACUGCUACUGAUCCAAACCAUCACAAGAGAUACAUCCAUGAGAGCAGAGUGAGUUAGAGGGAGGAGCAGAUACAAACAGACAAACAGACAGACAGUGUUGGAGCAAGAGGGCAAGAAAGAUAGACUGUGAUUUUUCACUUCAUCUCUUGCUGCUGAACACUGAUUAACGCAAAAUUCCUGUUUUGUAAUCUGUGAAUCCAACCUCCGGAUCCAGCUCUAUCUUUAUAUCUGGGAGACUUCCUAUAGCAUCUAUACCAGGUGGUUGGAUAACAGAGUGUUGUCUGACCAAGGUGGUGAACCUACUUCAACCAACUAAGGACCCUUAUGAGCCCACAGAAUAUCAGAUCAAAUGUGAGACAUUUAGGACAUUUAGGAAUGAGAGAAUAUCAAGCAUUUUAAAAGUCUAACACCUAUAUUCUCUGGGCAUUUCGAUACAUGUCUGUAAUCUUUCACUGCAGCUAGGCUCCACACUACAACCAAUAACAGAUCUACAACAACAAAAAAGCUGCCAGUUAAAAGCAUGUA